AUGCCUGCCGGCUAUCAAAAAGUUUCAUUCGGCGAGCCCUUGGCUCUUAAGCCUGAGGACGAGCUAUGGCUUGUCCAAAUUCCUAACAAUGUGGAUAUUGCAGAUGCAAAGGUCGUUUCUGAGAGCGAGAUCCAGGUGGGCGCCUCGACCUACGCUCUCAAAGCAACCGAGAUGCCAGUUGGUAAUUGCCAGGUCCUGAUCCCCGAUACCAACUCUGUUUUGCAUCCCACCGGAACCAAGCCGAGCAAAGUCAUGGUUCUCACAAAACGGGUGGGCCUGCCCAAGAUCGAUUACGACGAGGUUCGAGUUGCAAAGCCCCGAGUGGAGCAGGUAAAGAACAUGCGAAUGCGACACUUCCCCACCGGCUACAGCGCCAAAGCGUUUGGUAUUGCCAGCGAGAGUCCCCGGAAAGUCGCAAAGCCUGAGGUUGAUUCUCCCCUCAAGGAAAAGUCCAAGAGCCACAAGGAAAAGUCCAAGAAAGACAAAAAGGACAAAAAGGACAAAAAGGACAAAAAGGACAAGAAAGACAAAACAAAAUCAAAAUAA